CAACCAACGAGGCUGAUGCGAUUGUCCUUAAGAUCGGAACAUCAACAUGGGACACGCAAAUGUUUAAAUGUUCCGGAGCUGCGAAUUCUAAGCAUAAAAUAGCUUCUUUCAAUAAACACUCCCAGGGCAGUCUUCUCUAAGAUGAAUAACGAACAGUUCCGCCGUCUGAUAGGCGCAGAUACUCCCAAACCCAAGGCCGACAGCAAUGGUGCAUCGCCAGCCCGUCCACGCGCCGCCGUUGCGCUUGGCUCCAAACAGAAAUCAAGUAUUCCGAUGACGCCACGGUCUAUCAGUUUCGGUAGAUCCGAUUUUCAACGACAGCUAGCCGAGCGAAACCGGGGCCAAAAGCAGCAACAAAAAAAGCCGAGAUCCUCCGCACCCAAAGGCAUCAAGCUUGCCGAAGGUUAUAUUGACCGCACCAAGGAGAGGGCAAACGAAGAGGCAGACGAACGUGCUGUGAGAAUAAAGGCACUGGAGGAAGCUCUGAAGAAAGAGGAAAUCGACCAGGCCGCCUUUGACAAGUUGCAAAGCCAGAUUGCUGGUGGCGAUCUCUCCAGCACACAUCUAAUCAAGGGUUUGGACUCCAAGCUACUUGAGCGCAUAAGGAAAGGCGAAAAUGUUUACGGCGAGAGCAAAGAGCAGGAGGAGGAAUCCGAACCCCAGGACGUCGACGAUGCGUUCGAGGAGCUGGAGGAAGCCAAGAUCGAGGCUGUCGCAAAAGAGAAGGCUCGCAAGAAAGGCCAACUGGCUACGACUACUCUAAAGCCUGGACAGAAGAGGACGAGGGACAUGAUUUUAGCCGAGAUGAAGGCCGCACGAGAUGCAGCCAAAGCAAAAGAGGAGUCUGCGUUAGGAUCAAAAUUCAGAAAGAUUGGCGCAAAAGCCCCUGGCACGCGGAUAGAACGAGACAGCAAAGGCAGAGAAGUUCUCAUCAUAGUUGACGAAGACGGUCACGAAAAGCGCAAGGUGCGCAAGGUACAACCGGAGACUGCAGCCGAAGUCGAGGCAAAGGAGAAGGAGCGGGAGAUGAUGAUGCCAGACAAGGACGCCAAACCUCUUGGUAUGGAGGUUCCAGAUAUCUACAAGCCGAAGGAUGAAGAGCUGAAAGACGACGAAAUCGACAUAUUUGACGAUGUCGGCGAUGAUUAUGAUCCCUUGGCAGGUCUAGAUGAGGACUCAGAUGAAGACGAAGACGGAGAUGCGAAGACAUCCAAGGCAGAGAAAGCACAGGACGACACGGAUGUGAUGCCACCACCUUCAAAACUAGCAGCCCCGUCUGAGCCGAGAAAUUACUUCAAGGAUUCCAAAUCCGGAUUGGUUUCCUCUGAGAUACUCAAGGCGCCGUCAAUGUCAGAUCCAGCGAUACAGGCAGCGUUCAAGAGAGCAGCCGCCAUCAACGCCCCGAAGGCCUCUGACGAGGAUGAUGAUGAUGAAGAAGCCAAAGCCAGGGCCGAGCGACAUCGCAAGAUGCUACAAAACGAUGAUCGCGACGCCGCUGAUCUUGAUAUGGGCUUCGGCACUAGCAGAUUUGAGGAUGAAGCAGACUUUGAUGAAACUGAAAUCAAACUAUCUCAGUGGGGCAAUGACGAAGACGACGGAGGCGACGGCGCCGCCGGAGGCAGGAAAGCGAAGCGAAAGAGAGGCGGGAAGAAGCGCAAAGGUGACGUGAAUAAUGCUGGUGACGUGAUGCGGGUGAUGGAGCAGCAGAAGGCUGCGAAAAAGUCCUAGCCCCUUAAUAGGGUGUGUGGUGAACUUUAUACUGGUCCUAAUGCAAUAACUGGGAUUUGGCGUCAUAACCAACCAGAACUCACAAUUACGUUACUCAAACAGUAUAGCAUCAAUGCGGUGAAACGAGACAUAGCAAAUUGACACGAUAGAGGCCUUGUUCUCCACCAACCGUAGAAACUUUGAUGGAGGAAGGCUCGAAGC